AUGUUCGCUAAGACCUUUGCUGCUGUUGCCGCUGUUGCCGCUGCCGUUGUUACCGCCCAGGGCCAGUUCCAGGUGGACACUCCCGCCUCGGCCACCCAGUGCCAGCCCCUCAAGAUCACCUGGCACGGUGGCCAGGCCCCUUACUACCCCAAGAUCACCAAGGCUGGUGACCCUUCGCAGCCCAUGGACGUUGGUCUGACCUCGCAGACCUCCGACACCUCGAUCACCUGGAAGGUGAACCUCGAGUCUGGCCAGAAGUUCACCAUCGACAUCACCGACAGCACCGGUGCCAAGGCUGACUCGAGCCCUGUGUCGGUCACUAAGGGCAGCGACUCGUGCAUGAACGGCUCGGGUGGCGCCGCCGGUGGCGGUGGCGGUGGCUCGGGCGGCUCGUCGUCGGGCGGCUCGGGCGGCUCGUCGAGCUCGGGCGGUUCGAGCUCGAAGAGCUCGAGCUCUGACAAGAGCUCCAGCUCCAAGUCGAGUGGCUCGUCGUCGGGCGGUGCUGGCGGUGCCGGUGGCGCCUCGAGCUCCGAGUCUUCGCAGCCCACCUCCUCGUCGGGUGGUGAUGACUCGUCGUCGGCCGCUGGUGGCUCGGGUGGCUCGUCGUCGGCCGCUGGUGGCUCGGGCGGCUCUUCGUCGUCGGCUGGCAACGGUGCCGCUACUUUCAGCGGUCUCCCCGCUGUUGUUGCUGGUGUCGUCGGUGUUGCCGUCGCUGCUCUCAUCUAA